AUGGAAAGUCAACUGCAGCUCAAUUCCAAUUCGCUAUCUAUGGUCAAUUGUGCACCAGUGGGUUCCUCGAACAGAAGUUGGGUCGUACAGAAGUUCGGAGGCACCAGUGUCGGGAAAUUUGCCCUUAAUAUUAUUGACCAGGUUGUACUGUUAUUGCGAGCUGCGCGGGACGCAGAGAAUGCUCAGUCUCAACGCUAUGUUGCUUUUAUUGAUGCUGUCCGACUAGAACAUGUUCAAGUGGCCGAGGAUCAAAUCCAUUCUAAGGAGCUUAAGGCCCGAUUGACGACAGAGAUUAACAGUGACUGUGAAAAAGUCCUAAAGGUGCUAGAAGCUGCUCAGACACUUGGAGAGAUUAGCGCCCGUUGUGUUGACAAAGUUAUCAGUACUGGAGAGAAACUCAGCUGUCGACUUAUGACCGCUUUCCUCCAAGAUAGAGGGGUAGAUUCGCAGUAUGUGGAUCUAGCAGAAGUCAUUGAUUUUCCUAUCGCGAACCAGGGCCUUGAUCAAGGCUUCUAUAACAAUCUCGCCACUACCCUUGGUAGAAAGAUCAGGACCUAUGAGGGCAAAGUUCCUGUCAUCACAGGGUUCUUUGGGACUGUACCUGGCGGCCUCCUUGACCAGAUAGGACGUGGGUAUACAGAUCUUUGUGCCGCGCUAGUAGCCGUUGGAAUACACGCCAAAGAACUACAGGUAUGGAAGGAGGUCGAUGGGAUAUUUACUGCCGAUCCUCGGAAAGUGCCAACUGCGCGUCUUCUACCUGCAAUCACACCAGCGGAAGCAGCGGAAUUGACAUUUUACGGCUCGGAGGUGAUCCAUCCUUUCACAAUGGAACAAGUUAUACGCGCUAAGAUCCCAAUUCGCAUAAAAAAUGUUAUGAACCCUAAAGGCGACGGUACUAUAAUCUUUCCUGACUCUACCCUUGAGCUGGAGAAGACGGCCCCUGGGCAUGACCCUCGACUGUUUCGAACAAGAAGCCCUAGUCUUAUGCAAAGACCAAAACGCCCGACUGCUGUGACCAUCAAGCAUAAAAUCCUAGUGAUCAAUGUACAUUCUAACAAGCGUUCUCUGUCUCAUGGCUUCUUUGCCGGCAUAUUUUCAGUCCUUGAUCGGUGGAGGCUCUCAAUUGACCUGAUAUCCACAAGUGAAGUGCAUGUGUCGAUGGCUCUUCAUUCUGAAGUGCCUCUUCUAAAUGGGGUUGGUAGGGAUGAGUACCAGGUUAUUGAUGAUGACUUAAAGGGAGCAUUGCACGAUUUGCAAAGAUACGGGACAGUUGACAUUAUUCCCGAGAUGGCCAUUCUUAGCCUUGUCGGGAAACAAAUGAAGAAUAUGAUUGGGGUUGCUGGACGUAUGUUUACAACCCUUGGUGAAAAUAAUGUGAAUAUCGAAAUGAUCUCCCAAGGUGCAAGCGAGAUCAAUAUUUCGUGCGUUAUUGAAGAGAGAGACGCAGAUCGUGCUUUGAAUAUAAUACAUACCAGCAUGUUUACAUUUUUAGAUUAG